GGCAGGGGUGAUAGCAAAUCUGACAGAAGGCGAGCUCAGGGGGCACUCAUCAGGUCGCCAAAACGCCGCGGGUCUGCUUGUGUGCUGGAGCGUCUCGAGUGGCAUGAUGGUGGAGCCCGCAGGCUUCCAGGCCCUGCCGUUGGCCCAGGAGGCUCCGCAUCGGUGCUGCAGUGGGCCAUCGACCUCCAGCGGCGGCAGCAGCGGGAGCCGGUUCAGCGAGGCUUGCGUGGUGGAGCAGCCAACCCGCUGGCCGGGGCUCCAAUGGGGCCCGGCAGCCGCCCUGCACGCGCAGGGUGAUCAGAGCGGGACGGAUACGGCGGCGGCAGCGGGGUGGCAGCAGGGGUGGCAAGGGACGGCAGCGGCAGCAGCAGCAGGGGGCCAGCCCUGGCAGCUGAAUGCCCCCUGUGCAGGCCGCGCGCCGGCGCAUGCAAGCAACGCGGGGAUGGCAGCAGGUUGGCAGCACCGCAGCGGCGGCGUUGGCGGGAGCAGCAGCGCCGGCGCGCCUCUGCAGCCGACCUUCCAGCAGGCAGCGGCGGAGCCUGUGGCGGGGCCAGCGACGCUGGCAGCGACGCAGGCGGCGGCGGCGGCGGCUCCCGUGGACCCCUGGCAGAGUGGGCUGGACCUGCUACUGGGGAACUCGGCUGCUGACGAGGCACUGCCGCUGCACCUGACGGAUGCGGGCCUGGAGGCUCUGCUCGCCCCUUUCCAGGACUGGCCCUGCCUGCUGCCGCCCGCGGCGCAGGCGCCGGCCGCGGCGCACGCCGUGGCAGCACCCCAGCCCCUGCCCAGCCUACACCCCGCGCAGGGCACGGCGGCCCCGCCGGCCGCACCCGCCUUCCAGCGCGCGGCAAGUUGUGCAGCCCCUGUGCCGCCCAGCGACGCGCACCGCACCAGCAGCCUGGGCAGCGGCAGCAGCGGCGCCGCGGCCAGCGGCGGCAGCGAUGGCGGCAGCGACGGCGGCGGCGGCGGCGCGCCGCGCCGCAAGGGCGGCCGCCCGCGCCUGCACCACCCGACCGCGGCGACGGCGGCGGCGGGCGCCAGCCAGGCGCCUGCUCAGCAGCCCUACAAGAAGGGAGGGCGCGGGCCCAAGCCCAAGUACCUCUUCGGGAAGAAGGAGCACACGCAACGGCUGCAGGGCGAGCUGGCGGCGCUGCGGGCCGAGAACAGUGCCCUGGAGCGGCUGCUGGCAGACAUGAAUGCCACGGGCCUGUGCCCCCUGCCAGAGGCGAGCAACGACGGCAUCGACCUCUGGCUGCAGGCCAACAGCGCUGCGGGCGGCGGGCGCUGAACCUGACCCGCCACGCCCUCCCACGCCCGCCUGGCUCGACGACAGCAGCCGGCAGCCGGCAGCCGACAGGGCUGGCAGCGAGCGAUUGCCGCAGCCUUUGAGUGAAAUGCAACGAAUGUCCCCGGGUCCUUUCCCUGUUCCGUUCAUACUGUGCUGCAGAUUCGCAGCGCCCCUUCACACCCCCUCUACCCUGCACCUACUCCCCUUUGCGCCAUGCGCUGCGCUGUGUUUAGCAGCAUAUGUUGUCUGCCCGCUCUCUCGUGCUGCAUGGCACACUGGCGACCCAUCCAGAUGCCAACCUCACCGGCCCCCUCUGCACACACCACCUGCCAGGCGAUGAGCCACUAACGUACUCUGCAUCCCCGUUGAGAGCCGCAUGCCACACCACCCCGUUUUUGACUCCGCAAGAUGUAACAUUACACUGUUUGUUUCAGAAA